AUGCCGGACGAUUCCUUUGUGAUUGAUCAUAAGGUAUUGUACAAUGAUUUGGUUGGACUGAUUUGUGAAAGAGCGGGGUGGAAUAGAGAGAAUGUGAAUUUGAGCCUAUCGAUUUUGUAUCAUACGAUGGGCAAUGGUUUUAGGCGUAUUGCCAAAAUCAAGGACGACGCAUCGUUGCAAGUGUUGUAUUUCCUCCCAAGUUCGACAUAUAUUGAUUUGUAUGUAGAUUUGGAGGUGGCGGAUGAUGAUGUGGGUGGACCGUUUAUGGAGGAUGGCGAUCACAUGGAAUAUAAUCACGGUGAAGAUGAUGAGGACUACACAUCGAUAAGUGAUCAAAGCGAUGAAAACCAAUCAAUAUCCGAAGGAAGUCGGGAGAGUGAUGAAGAAGUCGAAGACAAAUUCGCCACAAAGGACAGGCACAUAUAUCGUUCACAGGGUACAUGGGAUCAUACAAAAGUGGACAAGGAUGAAUUUCAACUUACCAUGUGGGACGGGACAACCGCAACAAUUGGGAUAGGGACUUGUUUCAAGAAUAAGGAAGAAGCAAAAAAUGAGUCAACCCCUAAGGGUUAUGUUCCUUGCCGUUGGAAGGUACGUGCCUCCUUGAGAGACCACGGUUUGUGGGAGAUUGUGAAAUGGGUGCCCGAGCACAAUUGUAUGAAUGUCACCGAGGAAAAUAAUAAUCGGAAUGUGAGCGUAACGCUUAUUACGCAUCUCAUAAGGCAUAAGGUUGAGUUGGACCCAGAUUAUGAAGUGAAGCUCGUUCAGGAAGAAGUGAAAGACCGUAUGCAUGUCGAUGUUCCUUACCACAGGGCAUGGGAGGGAAGGAGAAAAGCUAUCGAUCUUGUUUACGGCGACUGGGUUUCCAAUUUUGACAUACUUCCAAGUAAUUUGGUGGCGCAGUUUCGAAGUAAAAAGAUCAAAAGGUUGUGUUGGGAGAUGGGCACGAAACUUUCUAAGUCUAAAUUCAAAGAACUAAGGAAAGAGCUACGUGAUUUUAGCAAUGAUGCUUAUUUGUAUCUCGAGGAGAUUGAUGCUUGUCAGUGGACUCUUGCCAAAGACAAACACUAUCGUUGGGGUAACCAGACAACGAACAUUUCUGAGAGCUACAACAACGUCCUCAAGGGCGUUCGUUUCUUGCCGAUCCGAGCUUUGGUGGAAGCCACUUUUAUUAAGACUGUUGAUUUGUUCCAGGAAGAAUACGUGAAGUCGAGGAAAUGUAUUACGCCGGUCCCAACUGACUUGUGGGAAGACUUCAAGAAAAAAGAAAAGAAAGCCGCGCAACACAAAGUCAACCGUUAUGGUGCUAUUAAUGGCAAGUUCAAGGUGAAAAGUAGAGCCCGACUUGGUGGGCGAAAGCCAUUUUCGAGAACCAUGAGGCAUUCAGUAAAGCCCUUAAAGAGGAUGACACCUGAGAAUUCUAUGGCACAGUGGAUGGCGAUGUGCUUUAGAUUGUUGGGAAUUACACUCGUUAGUGACAUGUUUGAUGGGAAUAAGAUUUAUGCAGAGUGUUUAAUCAACGAGUGUCUGCGUCCGAUCCAAGAAAAUGUCUCAAGAGAGGCCUAUACGCAGAGGGCCCGUGCAUUACUUUUACUACUGAUUGGAGGUUUCUUGAUUCCUGACAAUACGGGAAACAGAAUACCGCUUUGGAUCCUGAAUAUACUCGAGGAUUUGGAUGUCUGUGCUGCCUACAGUUGGGGGUCAGCUGUGUUGGAGAAGUUGUACUUUGCUUUGUGUCAAGCUUCCGCGCCCGGGAAAAAAAACAUUACCGGAUGUUAUAUACUGAUGCAGUUAUGGGUUUGGGAGCGUAUCCCAAGACUUCAACCGAAGAGUAAGGUUAAAGAUGAGAGUUACUUGGUGCCGGACGCUCCACUAGGAAAUAGGUGGAAAUGCCCAAAAUCCAAAGCGAACAUCGCCGCUCAUUGUGUUGCUGGCAUCAGGGAUCAGUUAUCUAGCCUAAGGGAUGGAGAUUUUCUAUGGACUCCAUACACUCCCUUCAUCGACGAUCUCCCUGAUUUCUGUAAAGAGGGGGUUCAUUUAUAUCUCUGUAGGACGUGGAUCUUUUAUUGGGCUAUCAGAGAACCAUACGAGCCCAAUCGGGUCCUUCGUCAAUUUCAAUGCGUGCAAACUGUGCCAAAGUACCCGUUAAUCAAUGACUUUGAUCGCUGGAAUGCGAUACACCACGGAUGCCUUGGAACUGGAAAGGCAUAUGAUGAUUGGGUGCAAAAACACACCGAGUCUUUAAAUCUCAGCGACAUAUAUCAUCUCGCUGAUGCAGUCUUACGGGAAAAUCCAGGGCUCGGUGAUAGUCUAGAGGAUAAACUCUUCCAAAUCUUCGACAAGAGUUUCAGUGCCCUGACUUUGGGCCCAUGUGAUAUGAGCACUCAGCCCGAUACUCAAGUUCUUCAGAAAAGACCCCCAGAGUCAAGUCAAAAUGUGGUGCUCACGCAGAAAACAACAUCGAAGCCUACUGGAGGAGGAAGGAAGAAGCAACCGGGAAUUUCAGAUCGAACAAUCAUAGUUCAUCCCAAUCCAACUCCGAUGCAAGAAGAUGAUGAAGAUGAUGAAGGCAAUGAAAGCGAUGAGGAUUACUACAUUAAGGGCGAAGAAGAAGAAGAAGAAGAAGAAGAAGAAGAGUCCUCUCCACCUCGUGUUUCUUUCCCAAAAGAAAAAAAAAAUGGUCGAGGUUCGCAAGAGUGA